CGCGUGCUGCCCACGUGGGCGCAUGUGAAAGAGCGCCGGCUGCCCCAGAACCGGCGUGGAGCGCGGCCAUGGCGUCGCUGGCCAGCUCGGCCCCUGGCGCCGAUGAUGGCGGCCGCAGGAAGCCCCGCCUGGCGGCCUCCUUGCAGAUCAGCCCUGGGACCAACCCCUGGCGCCCUCUGGCCAGCGUGGGCCGGGACGCCUGGGAGCCCGCGCCUGUCCCGGGCGCGGAGGAAGACCCGGAGGGGCGCAGGAAGGCGCAGGCCUCGGUGGUGGGGGACGGCGGGCCCGCCAGCGCGGUGACCGGAUUCGGGAAGGCCCGGGCCCGGGAGGAGGUGGGUGGACAGGGAGGGCAAGCCCCGAGGGUCGCGGAUCCCGCCAGCGACUUCCCGACGUCCCCCGGACAGCUGAGCCUGCCGCUCAAAGAUCCGCCCCCGGAUCAGGCCGUGUCCCUGCUGACCCAGUACGCCGAGGGCCUGGGCGUCUCCCUCGUCUUCCGGGAGGACCACAGGGCAGGCGCGUGCUUCCCUUUCUCCGCGCACGUGGAGCUGGAUGGGGUGGUGUGCCCGGCAGGCACGGCGAGCACCGACACGGAGGCCCAGCAGCAGGCGGCGCUCUUGGCCCUUGGCUACAUCCGGAGCCGGCUGGAGAGCCCAGACCCCCAGCGGACCCCCAGCAAGCCUCCCCUGUCCACCCUGAGUGCAGAGAACAUCCUGACACAUGAUCAGCGCUGUGCGGCUGUGGUCAGCGCCGGCUUCGACCGCCUGCUGGACGAAAACUCGCCGUACUGGGCCUGCAAGGGGACUGUGGCCGCGGUCAUCCUGGAAAGGGGUAGGGACCGCCACGUUCCCCCUUCUCCUUGGAGGGACACCUCGGGCCCCCGGCGCGGGCUGAGCCGUCUCUGCCCUCCCUGCACAGAGAUCCCGGGUGCCAAGGGCCACACCAAGGAGAUCUACCAGCUGGUGGCCCUGGGCACGGGCGACAGCAGCUGUGGCAGCCGGCUGGAGUUCUCGGGCCGGCAGCUACACGACUGCCACGGCCUGGUCGUGGCCCGCCGGGCCCUGCUGAGGUUCUUCUUCCGGCAGCUCCUGCUGGCCACGCAGGGGGGCCCCAAGGGCCAGGAGCGGUCGGUGCUGGCCCCCCAGCCGGGGCCCGGGCCCCCCUUCGCCCUCAAGCCCCGCAUCUUCCUGCACCUCUACGUCAGCAACACGCCCAAAGGAGCGGCCCACGACGUCUACCUCCCGCUGACCUUGGAAGGUGGCCUGCUGCACAGUCCAGCCUUCUGCCUGCAGGCUCACGUGCACGGGCAGCUGAAGCCAGUGUGCUACCUGGCCCCCGCGCUCCGCGACACCCACGUGGGCUGCCUCUCGGCCAGCGACAAGCUGGCGCGCUGGGCCGUGCUGGGGCUGGGCGGUGCCCUGCUGGGCCACUUCCUGCCGCCCCUCUAUGCCACCAGCCUCGUCCUGGCUGACCCCUGCCACGACCCGCCCACCGUGAGCAGGGCUGUGCACACGCGGCCCAGCCUGGACAGCGCCUUGGGGCCGUGCCUGCCGCCUCCCUACGUUCGCACCACCCUUCACCUGUUUUCAGGGCCCCCCGUGGCCCCCUCCAACUCCGUCUCCAACACCUGCCACAACCUGAGCCUCAACUGGAGCCUGGGGGACCCUGACGUGGAGGUCGUGGAUGCGACCACGGGGCGCGUGAAGGCAGAUGGCAGUCUCGGGCCGCCGUCCCGCCUCUGCAAGGCGGCCUUCCUCCGGGCCUUCCGCCAGGUGGCCCGCACGCUGGGCAAGACCCACCUGCUGGCGCUGAAGACCUACGAGGCUGCCAAGGCUGGGCCCUACCAGGAGGCUCGCCAGCAGCUGUCUCUGCUCCUGGACCAGCAGGGCCUGGGCGCCUGGCCCUCAAAACCGCUCGUGGGCAAAUUCAGGAACUAAGCAGAUGUGGGGCUGAGGCCCAGCUCCCAGGGGGACCCCGCGGGACAGUGCCGCUUGGGAAGGGGCUGCAGGGGUGGGGUGGGAUGGGGUGGGG